AUGGCCCAAAGCUUGGAGAUUUUAUCCGAUCGGCAGGCACUUCUAACCGAGAAGUUGCUGCGAAUGAAUGCUGCGCUGCAAGAAGAAGGUAUCAGCGUUCAUCUGCUUAAGCUUCACGUAGAGACUUUACGCCGGGCAUCAGAUGAGUUCGAAAAAGUGUAUUCCGAAAUGAUCAGCCUUCUGCCGAGGGAACAGCGGAAUGAGCUGCGUGUCGAAUAUUCCAACUUCGAAGAGCUGCAUAACGAAAUCUACGUCAAGCUACAGACGCGGAUUGACCAAGUGCAACAGCUGAAAGUCCAAGAGCUCCAGAAUGUUCCGGUUGCGCCACUCCCACAACAGGCCCAGGUGGCACCGGUGUAUGUGCAGGCUCCAGUUCCUCACCUACAGGCUCCGUUUCCAACCUUCAAUGGGACUCUUGACAACUGGUAUAGCUUCAAAAGCUUGUUCCAGAGUAUCAUGGCCCGGUACAUAAACGAAACUGAUGCCAUGAAGAUCUUGCAUCUUCGAAACUCGCUAACCGGCGAUGCGAAAGAUAAAAUCGACCAGGAAGUUAACAACAGUGAUUAUGCCUCCGCCUGGAAGAUUUUGGAGGAUGCCUAUGAAGACAAACGCCUGAUUAUGGACACCCACAUCGACGCCAUUAUGGAUUGCCCGAACAUCACAAAGGAUAACCGUGGUAAGUCCCUAUCGAAGCUCGUUGAGGUGUGUGUAAAACAUACAGAUGCAUUGCACGGACAUGGGUUACCCAUCGAAGGAUUGUCGGAGCUCAUACUAGUCAACAUCCUAUACAAAAAACUGGAUAAGGAGACCCAAGAGCAAUGGGAAACAAAGUUGGGUAGUGGCAAUCUUCCUGAAUUUGAUGAAUUCAUCGAGUUCUUGCGCGAACGCGGACGUGUACUUCAGCGCACUAAUCGGUUACAACAGCCCCCAGUGCAUACGGGAGUAUCAGGUCCAGUGAAGCGACAACCAGUAAAUCAGAAGCUGCACGUGCCAUCUAACUCAUUCGUACAAGUUGCAAAGGAAAUAUGUCCAUGCUGCAAAGCAGAGCACUCGAUUUAUCGUUGUCCGAAAUUCCAAGGUAUGCCCCUACAUGAGCGAAAAACAGUUGUAACUAAAGCAACACUGUGCUUUAACUGUCUCAAGUCCAGACAUCGCGUCAUCAACUGUCCGUCGGAGCAGGGCUGCAAAGUGAAAGGGUGCGGUCGCAAGCAUUACAGCUUGCUUCACUACAACGAGCCCCGUCGAGAUGCGAAUCCAAGCAAUGAAGAAGAUAACGAAGAGCGUUCAGCGGAAUCGGAGGAGCAAGCACAAAAGAAAACCCCAGAGCCGCGCAGCAAUGCAACCACUAUUUGUGCUAAUGUCCAUGGUGCUAAACAGCAAGUAGAUCUCUCCACGGCACAAGUAUUAGUAGCGGGAAGGGGCAAUACGAUUGUCAAAUGUCGCGCUCUACUGGAUUCCGGAUCCGACAGCAAUAUCAUAACCGAGAAGCUGGCCAGCAAGCUUCAGUUAAAAAUGAUUGCUGUGGAUUUUCCUAUCAGCGGCUUGAACAGCAUGGAAACACGAGUGAAGUACCAGUUAGAAACACGGCUCCAGUCCUGUGUUAAUUCCUUCGCCACGUCACCGUUGGAUUUUCUUGUCGUCCCUCGAGUAACGUCGAGCCUACCGGUUCUAGAGAUAGACACCCGAUACUGGCCAAUUCCAUCCGGACUAAGAUUUGCUGAUCCUCUAUUUUCUUCACCUGGUGAAAUAGACAUGAUCAUCGGAAACGAAUUGUUUUUCGACAUAGUCAAAAACGGCCGAUUGAAGCUCGGCAUCGACAACGUAACGUUAGCGGAAACGGAAUUAGGAUGGGUCGUGGCAGGAUCAGUAUCCAUCAGGAAAUCCCAGUCGUCUCGUCGUGGUUGUCAACUUGUCGGAAUGAGGAGUUACUCAACCGCACAAUGUCAAGAUUCUGGGAACUGGAAAGUGUACAAAUGGAGACCGCUACAACUGCAGCUGAAGAUUUAG